AUGUUACGUAUGCCUUUAAGGCUCAAAUGGGGCAAAAAAAGUGGAAGAUAUGAUUUGAGCCAAGAUAUUUAUGUUUUAACAGUAUUUAUUGGUGAUCAUGCCAUUUUACAGUGUACAUUAACUACUGAGAGUACAGCACUUCAGUGUAUUGAAUAUCUCAGGCAAAAAGUUGAUCUGAAUCAGGUUGAGAUGUUUGGCUUGCGAUAUCAAAUGAAGACUAACGAUCCUGAUAAUAGAAUAAUGAGGUGGGUUGAACUGGAUAAGCCGCUAAAGCGGCAGCUUACGAAAUGGGCUUGCAAACCGAGGCAAGUACAGCUUGCUGUUUUGUAUCAUACACCGAAUGCUUUUACGUUAACGGAUCAAAUGGCAAGGUUGUAA